AUGAUGAGAAUCUUUCAUUGUGUCUUUUCUCUACUUAUAACGGCUACGGCAUCGUACAUUGAUGAUUUUGAUGAUGAAUUAAGCAGUGUCAGUCUGGUUCAUGGCCCCAAUUUUAACUAUACUUGUCUUGGUGGUCCAUUGAAUUGGUAUGGCUUGGACAUGAAACAUAACGCGCUCUGUGCAUCAGGUCGAUACCAAUCGCCAAUAAACAUUGACUCCAACAUACAUAUUGGAGCUGGAGGUAUCGGGAUGCAAAUUCCACCAAUCGACACCGCCCACUUUGAGAACUUGGGCUCUACUGUUGAGGUUGCUCUAUCUCAAGGGCGACUAUUCACCCCGACCGGUCGUUACGCUCUAAAACAAUUUCACUUUCAUACCCCUAGUGAGCAUCGUAUUAAUGAAGAGUACUAUCCCCUGGAAGUCCACUUUGUCUUCAAAGACCCUGCGGGCCGCGUCGCUGUCGUUGGCUUUGUAUUUGAAUUGAUCGAGGCUGGAUCGGGAGAUGCUCUUUUCGAAAAUAUAUUGUCCCGAGUUCAUAGGAUCGCCUCUCCUGGCACCUCUGUUAGAGUUUUUCGCUUAAGCUUCGGUCAUCUCGCCGGGCACCUCGAAAGCAACCCUAUCUACCAGUACUCUGGCUCUCUUACCACGCCGCCGUGCACUGAAAAUGUGGCCUGGUAUAUCAGUUCUGAGCCUAUAUCUUUGAGUGUGAAGAAUUUCAAUGCUAUCAAGCACGUGCUAAAGUUCAACUCUCGCUAUACCCAGAACAUUCCCGGUGAGAGUAACUUACUUGAGGUGGCUGCGUCGGAAUUGCAUCCAAUCACUCAUGAGGUCAAGCCCGUACAACACGAAUUGAAAUAA